CUUUUUUGUAUUUAGCGAAUGAAUUUUGUUCUAUUUUAUUGAUAGAAUAGAGCAUAUCAGGUAAAAAUGCCACCCAAGAAAAAAGGGGGCAAGAAGGGGAAGAAAGGAGGUAAAAAGAGCGCGAAAGACGACGGGGGUUCGGUUUCUGGGGAGAAAACUGGAAAAGGAAGUCAAGAAUUAAACGAACUAAGCAAAGAAUUUUUCCUGAUUCAAGUCAAGGAUUUGGAGCAACGACUUUCAAGAUACCAAAAGAAAUGUGAUGAGCUGAGUAUUUCCAAUGCUGAAUAUGAAGAGAAAUAUAAACAAGUCGUUCAAGACAGAAAAGAAAUUGUGGAUUUUUUAAAGAAACAAUUGGAACAACGACAAGAUGAGAUUUCAGACUUGCACGACAGAUUGCUUGGCCUCCAACAGGCAAAGGAUGUUGAGAAGGAAAAUUCCGAAACUCAACUUUCUCAAUUUAAGCGAGAAUCGCAGGAUUUAAAAGAUACUUUAAUAUCGGAGAAUAUGAUACUUAGUGGGAAAAUCGCUGCACUUGAAGAAUUUAGGGUCCAGAAAGAAAACUUGAUGCAAAAGUUUGCCGACAUGGAAGCGAAUCUGAAACAACAAGAAACCGACCACAACAACACUAUUUAUGAAUUGGAACGCAAGGCAGUCGUGGAUAAGGACAGGUUAAAGAAAGAGAUGGUUCUUCGUGUGAAUAACGUCGCUGCAGAGUUUCGCAAAGUUUCCAACAAACAGAUGGCGGACACAACCAAACGAAAUAUCCGGGAAAAUGUUUCAAUUAAUUCACAACUCGCUAAAAUGUCGGAGAAGACAAAAGAAUUAGUGCAGGAAAAUGAUGAACUAAGGGAAAAGGAAAAGAAACAAAAAAUGCAAAUCGAGCUUUUGGAAGCAACGCAAGAAGAACUUGCAAAGAAAAACCACAGUAACUUAAAGGUAUUGAAGAUGAUUACAGCUCGUGCUCGUCAACAAGAAGUUCUUCUUGAAGAAUUGGAAACAAGAGAGCAAGAGUACGUUCAAUUUGAAGAGGAAUCUGGGGAGGUUAGAACGGAGAAUGAACAGCUGCAUAAUACACUUGAAAGUUUAGAAGAGCAAUGUUCAAGCUUGAAAGAACAAUUGAAGAAAACAGAGAAACAGAAUUGUGAUGUCAUAGCAGCAAAAGAAAGAUUGGAAGAUAUAUUGGCAGCCGCUGCUUAUACUCUUAAACAGGCCACCAUGGAAACAAACUAUGACGAUCCGAGUGUUGCCGUGAAAAGGGAGACCAUGAUGGAUCGGUUACUGUUGGUUUUAGAUUCGGCAGCACUGCUGGGCAAAGCUCCACCACCAGCAGAUUUUUUCAAACAAAGAGCAAAGACACUAAUGGCUCCACUUGCAUCUGUGAAAGAAGUUCCUAAACAAGACACAAGCCGUGUGGAGUCACCACCCAAGUUCCCACAUUAUAAACUCGGUGACCUUGGCUUGGUGCCGCGGCCUCGGAAGCAAGCCAUGGGCCACCCAAGCAAGGUCGCGCAUUUAUCGGCCACAACAAGGAUAGGCCUCAAGCCUUCAAUGACCAUUGGCUCUCUAACGCCAUCUACCUUACAGAAACAUGACCGCCUGCCAGCAAUUGUGGAAACAGCAAAAUAGUUUUUGUCAGAACUUAAAAAAUGCCAAACUUUUGUGAAAAUUGCUCUUUGACUAAUUUUUUCGCGGUUCAGAAUAUUAUUAAAUCAAAAAUAACACAGAGUUCGGAAAUUUUUUUUUUCAGACAGUUCAAUAUUGAGACAAUGACAAAAACUAAUGCACUUACCUUUGUUUUUUUACGAUUUGUUUCUUCGUUUGAUUCUGUAAAUCUUUUUCCUUUGUCUGUAAAUUAAACUGUGUAAAAAUCCAUUUACGCCAAACAACUUGUAAUAAAGUCUCACCUUUGCAUAA